UAAAAGAUUAUUUCCGUCUUUGUACUGUGCGAUAGAAAGUGAAAUGAAUUUUAAUUGGUUGUGACAUAAGGUGGUUCUUCUGCACAAUUGACAUCAAAUCAUUCUGUUAACUGACUUAUAGUUAAGCAACAGAAAAGUGGCAAAAAGUGAUGAGUGAAAAGUUCUGCUAGCAUUGGUUUAUAUGAAAUUAUGAGCAGUAGUAUCAUCCAAAAUUUGAAGGGGGGUCUGGUAGCCACACAUGCCUGUUGGAAAUGGUGACACAGGUGGCCUAAAUUUGGGCAGAACAUUUAAAAGUGAAGUGAUUGCUGCUACUAGAGGUUUGCAAGCUUACCGAAGAAACCAGUGCAAGAUGUCCCAGUCCGGGGGUGACCUCCACACAUCCCAGUACUUAUCAUGGAGAAAACUUCACCUCAGUCGUGCCAAACUAAAAGCGUCAAGUAAAACCUCAGCUCUCCUUUCUGGAUUUGCGAUGGUAGCCAUGGUAGAACUCCAGCUUCAAACUCCCGUGACCAUUCCCAGUAGCGUUUUGGUUGUUUUUGCUGUUAUUACUACUUUAUUGGUUGCAGUACAUAUGUUAGCUUUGAUGAUAAGUACUUGUAUCUUACCCAAUAUCGAGGCUAUAUGUAGUUUAGAUGCCAUAAGUCUUGUUCAUGAGUCGCCUCAUGAAAGACUGCACUGGUACAUAGAAACGGCUUGGGCAUUUUCGACUUUGCUUGGUUUAUUGCUUUUUUUGGCUGAAAUUGCUAUCCUGUGUUGGGUAAAAUUUUACGAUGUUAAUAAAACUGCCGCGUGGUCGGCUAGCGUUGUUCUUGUACCUAUUCUCUUCAUAUUUUUAGCUUUUGCUAUACAUUUUUAUCGUUCGUUAGUUGCUCAUAAGUAUGAAAUGACGGUGUCUGGGAUACGAGAGCUCGAAAGGCUCAAAGAACAGAUAGAGCAAGGUGAUAUGGAACACAAUAGGGUUAAUGGUGUUAACGAUAUGCUUUCAAGUGGUGUACAUAUUGUGUAGAUAACCGGGAUCUUGUACUACGAAGGCUGUGUACUAUUUUGUUUUUAUCUUUUGCUGUUAGGUGGAAGACAAUCUGAUUUUCCUUACUGGGGUUUUUACAAUUUUACAUGCGCUCUAGUAGAAUUACAGUUACGGAUAUAGUUGUGGCAUUCACAACACUUAUUUUAACAGAUGUAAAUAUUCUUAAUAUAUUUUGUAUGAACUGUGAUGAACACACUAUAUUUUCACCUUUCCAGUAUAUGUAUUUUUGAAAAUAAAGUGAAUUAUUUAUCUUA